AUGCUAUCCCGCCCCGCCACCAAGAUCCCCCUCACCGCCGACGACGUAGCAGCGUACGAGCAACGCCAGCUGGCCCGCAAAGCCCGCAACAAGUCGCAGGAGCUGGGCGACUUUGACGACUACGGCAAGAAUGACAGUACGCCUGAAAUGACACCGGCAGAGGAAGCGAGAGCCGUCAAGGCCAAGAUGAGCAGAGAUCAACGCAUUGGAGUCGGCGGCUCGAGAGGUUGAUGCAUUGGGGAUACUAUUCGGUACCGCAAUGCAAUACCUCCUACAACAGGCCAGAGCAGUCUGCUUCGAGCCACAAGACGAGGUGGACCAAUUCCUGGCGUGCCCAGAGCCUCUCCUUGCUGCUGGUAUGCUUGGCUGCAUGCAUUGGAGGCCAGAGGGAUGAGUGCCAGCCGCCCGCAUUCCAGCAACAACAAUUGCUUCCGUCUUGCCAUUUUCGCCCUCGACUAUUCCAAUUCUUCUCAGAGUACCUUGCGAGGCUUUUCUGCGUCCACGAUCGGCACAUCGCGCUCUGGCGCUCACACCUGUUAUUCAACAACCUACUCAUUAUGGUGUUUGCUCACCACAGCCUGAGGGCGGCAUCGCUCAUUGCCUUCAUCUUCCUGCUGUACACUCUGUUGCCAACCGCUCAAGCCGACCUCCAUGUUCUUGAUCUGGACGACUCGCUCAACGUCCCACUGUCCUCUUCGGAGAUGCGCUUUGAGCUGAACGAUGCCGGCAGUCCCAAAUUGGGGCCUCGAAUAGAAAAGUACGACUAUCUGGCCGCGAGCGAGAUGCCCGCCGAUAGUCGCAAACUCGCAAAGCGUUAUGGCUCUGGCGAGCCCUUCUGGUUCUCGCAGAUCAAACGCCAAGGUCAACCUGCAUAUGGUCGCAAUGCCACAUAUCAAGUCUUCCGGAACGUGUUGGACUAUGGCGCCAAGGGUGAUGGUAUCACUGACGAUACAGAUGCGUUCAAUGCGGCAAUCGCGGACGGCAAUCGCUGUGGAUGGAUGACCGGUGGCUACAUUGGCGGGACCCAAACCUACGGCGGGUACUACGGGUGCGACAGUCAGACUACCACGCCUGCUAUCGUUUACGUCCCCGGUGGUAGAACAUACAUGAUCUCCAGCCCCGUCAUCAUGCUGUACAUGACACAAAUGGUCGGCGAUGCCAACGAUCUACCCGUCGUCAAGGCCACCGCCGAUUUCUCGGGUAUUGGUAUCUUCGAUUCUGAUCCCUACAUCAUCUACCAGACCCAGUACUACCAAAAUCAGAACAACUUCUAUCGACACGUCCGCAACUUUGUUUUUGACACCACCGGCGUACCACCCACCACGCAGGUGCACGGUCUGCACUGGCAGGUUGCGCAGGCCGCCAGCCUCCAAAACCUGGUCUUCAACAUGCCUGUGGGCACCCCGGGAGAUGGCAACAUGCACAUCGGCAUCUUCAUGGACAAUGGCUCUUCUCAGUUCUUCGAGGAUAUCAUCUUCAUUGGCGGUCAGUAUGGCUUCUUCGCUGGCAACCAACAAAUGAAUAUCCGCAAUCUUACCUUCUACGGCUGCGAGACCGGCAUCUACCAGAACUGGGGCUGGAUUUUCGUUUACAAGGACAUCACUUUCCACGACUGUGGUAUUGGUUUGGACAUGACCGGCACUCCGCACUCGGUCACCAUCCAAGAUUCUGACUUCUACAACACCCCUAUCGCGAUGACCACCAACUUCUCAGACUACAGUGUGCCCCCUGCUGCCAACUCGCUGGCCAUUGACAACUGCUUCUUCGACGAGAAUACUCCUAUAGCGCUUGCAAGCGCCAACGGCAGUACCAUCGUCACGGGAAAUCGCCGUGUGGAGGGCUUCGUGCAGGGUACUUCCUACACCGCAUACGAUACCACUCACGUCGUUGGUAAUAUGGACUGCUAUGGACCACAAACCGUAUACUCCCGCGUGCAGCAAGAGCAGCCCUCCGCUCCAAAGGCCGCGGAGCUGCUCAACUCCGAGGGCAAAUUUCCAUCUAGAGGCCGGCCGCAGUACGAAGGGGUGCCGGUCGAGCAGUUCAAAUCUAUCAUGGACUAUGGGUGUAGCAAUGAUGGUGUCACCGACGUAACCACCUGCGUACAGAACUUCUUGAACUCCAUCGACAUCGCUGGCGGGGAGAUUGCAUUUAUCGACCACGGCGCGUACGUCAUUACGGACACCAUCACCGUCCCCAACGGCAUCCGUAUGAUUGGCGAGAUCUGGCCCUUGUUCAUGGUCAGCGCCGAGGCAGGUAAGUUCCAGGAUCAAUUCAAUCCGCAAGCUGCGUUCCUCGUCGGUCAGCCAGGCGACCGCGGCGACACUGAGAUUGUCGAGAUCUUAUUCGAGACUAGGGGACCCGUGCCAGGCGCCAUCAUGAUGCAGUGGAACCUUGAAUGCACGGGGCAAAUCAGCUGUGGCGUGUUCGAUUCCCACUGGCGUGUCGGAGGCAGCAAUGGAACGCAGCUGCAGAAUUACAAUUGCAUCAAGCAGCCCAAUGUGGCCCACGGCGCAGAUCCAUCUUGCUGGGUCUCUUUCAUGCUUGUUCACAUCGCUCCGUCGGCACGGAACGUCAUCUUCUCGCACAACUGGCUCUGGGUGGCUGACCACGAGCUCGACCUGGACGGCAAGGACCAGAUUGAUAUUUACAAUGGACGCGGCAUGCUCAUUGAAUCGCAAGGGCCAUUCUGGAUGUACGGGCCUUCGAACGAGCACUCGGUGCUUUAUAAUACUCAGAUCGCCAACGCAAAGAACAUUUACUUGAGCAUGGCGCAAAGUGAGACUGCGUAAGUGCCAUUCCCCUGCCAAUCCUCCGACUCUUGUUGCUGACGUUUUGCGCAGGUAUAUGCAAUCCAAUCCGAACUCGCUCUCCUCCUUCACGCCGCAGACGGCAUGGAGCGAUCCGACGUUCGAGGACUGCUUCAGCGCGCGCUGCUUCAAGACUCUCGGUCUGCGGAUCUACAACUCUUCGUAUGUGUACAACUACGGCUCCGGUCUGUAUUCUUUCUUCGAGAACUACGACUCGGCCUGUAUCACCACGCACAACUGUGACGAGAGGAGGGUCGUCAUCGACAAGAGCGAAGCGGUGUAUAUGUACAACAUGAACUCGAUUGCCGCAAGCUUUCUGUUCGACGUUGACGGCACGGAACUGGUGCCGUAUCUGAACAACCAGGGCACGUUUGCGGACACGGUGGCUUUCUUCGAGUACCCGUAG